AACAUUUCCAAGAUUUAUUCUGAACUGCUCUUGCUUCUUCAUGGCUUGUCUUUUUCUACAGCUUUCUAUUCAAAUCAAUUCAUAGUUACUGUCAAAUAAAGACUUUUGCAUAUAGAUUUAUUCUCAUACUGUUAGAUCUAAAGAGUUCUGCAUAAAAAUCAGUAUUAUUUAUCAAGCAUCAGAGAGGUGUAGGUUAUCAUGGAGAAUUUUUAUGCAAAAGAAGAUGAUCAAGUGUUGUUGCCUCCUGGUUUUCGAUUUCAUCCGACAGACGAAGAACUGAUCAGCCAUUACUUGUCCAAGAAAGUUGUUGACAGCAACUUCUCUGCUACAGCUAUUGCUCAGGUUGAUAUGAACAAGAUUGAACCUUGGGAUUUACCUAGAAUAGCAAAAAUGGGAGAAAAAGAGUGGUAUUUUUUCUGUGUAAGGGAUAAGAAGUACCCGACUGGCUUGCGAACAAACAGAGCUACUGCAGCCGGAUAUUGGAAAGCAACCGGAAAAGAUAAGGAGAUUUACAGAGGAAAAUCACUGGUUGGAAUGAAGAAAACCUUGGUUUUCUAUGGAGGGAGAGCUCCAAAAGGAGAGAAAAGUAAUUGGGUUAUUCAUGAAUACAGGCUGGAGGGUAAAUAUUCUCUCCAAAACCUUCCCAAAACUGCUAGGAAUGAGUGGGUUAUUUGCAGGGUAUUCAAGAAAAGUGCUGGAGGAAAAAAAGUUCAUAUUUCAGGGUUGAUGAGGAUGAAUUCAGUCGAAAAAAAUGAAAUGAAUCCUAUUUCUCUGCCACCAUUAGUCGACAACAGUGCAACGGAUUCCCUUCACGUUCCCUGCUUCUCCAACACCUUUGAUAUCCAUAAAUCCAAUAUGAUGACCUACUUAAACAACCCUCUCUACCCUCUAAACAAUUCCAAUCCAUCGGAUUUAUUCCCGAGAUUAUGCCCUCCUAAUCCUUCUCAGUCACUUGAAAUUCAAGAAAAUUUACAGUGUCCGGGUACACUCCCGGGGCAAGACCAGGGAAUGUUAAGAGGUUUAUUCGAGGAUUAUGGCACCAGUGUAAGACAAAACCUGAAGACUGAAAAUGAAAUGAUAAGCCUAUCUCACGAAACAGGGCUGAGUAGAGACAUGAAAAAUGAAAUUUCUUCAGUUGUCUCUAAUCUUGAUGUGGGAAGGAGGCCAUUUGAUGCACCAUCAACUUCAGUUGGACCACUAGACUUGGAUAGUCUUUGGAAUUAUUGAAACCUUCACAAGUCCUUUCUGUUAAGAGUUAUAAUUGUAGCCAAAAUUUGAAUUGAGGUGAACCUAAUUAGGUAUGAACUUCGAAAAAUCGCCAUUGUUGCCACAAAAUUAUUGUGAUAUUUAUGUAUUCUUAUGAUUCCCACUCAUAAAUUCAUUUCUAGUGAAGAUCUGUUAUGCAUGAAAGAA